GGGCUCGAGCAUCUGACCGGGCUUAACGGCCCUCCAUGGGGCCACUCUCGUCUUCCGAGCUCUCGCUUUGGCUCCCGGCGCGGUCAUUGGCACGCCUGGGAAAGCCGGAGCCGCGGCGGCGGGGGCCCUGCACGCGGCGUGCCUGAAGCCGGGGCUCCUCUGCCGCCUCUUGCCGCGUGAAACCCGGAGCUGACAUCGGGACCGCCAGUUUACUCGUAGCCAUCUGUGGUGACCUUGAGUCUCCUCCAGGGCACUUGGCGGAAAGCUCCAAAGGUGGGGAGAACCUGAAGCCACAGGUUGUCCAUUGGAGCCUGGCACUUAUUUCCUAGGACGCUUGUUUAUAAACCGAUCCACCCAGGCUUUUGUCCUGGAGAGUUGACCCUGUUCCAGGGUGUGGUCCAGAGAUCUAGCACUAACAAGCCUUGUUGGGAGAAGUUCGCUUCUCAGCGUCUUGGCGUUCCUGAAUCCAUGCUACGAGUCUUCAGAGUGGAGCGGGGGCGCCUCGCUGCUCCACCAGGGACGGCUUGGUGUUUGCUAGAAGUAAACGGAAAAAAAGAAGAGACUCAGAAAAGUUGACUUGCCAUAGUCCUGUACCUAAGGAAACAAAGUUGAUCUGCAGGUUGCUUAUUUUUAAUAACUUCCUACCAACAUAGCGUUUAGGUCCAACAGCGCUACAGGAAUGGCAGAGUUUGGGAUCUCCUCUGGCCAGCUUGUGGCAGUGUUCUGGGACAAGUCAUCUCCUGAGGAGGCCCUGAAAAACCUGGUGGAUAGACUUCAAGGGUUAACUGGCAGCGAGGGCCAAGUAUUUACGGAAAACAUCACCCAGCUGUUGCAGUCUGCCCAUAAGGAAUCCAGCUUUGAUGUCAUUCUUUCGGGUGUAGUCCCAGGUAGCACCUCUCUGCACAGUGCUGAGGUUCUGGCUGAGAUGGCCCGGAUCCUCCGGCCAGGGGGAUGUCUUUUUCUGAAAGAACCAGUGGAAACAACUGGAGUUAACAGUGACAAAAUGAAGACAGCCUCUAAGCUGUGUUCGGCCCUGACUCUUUCUGGCCUUGUGGAAAUAAAAGAGUUGCAGCAGGAGGCCUUAAGCCCCGAGGAAAUGCAGUCUGUGCAGGAGCACCUGGGCUACCACAGCGACAGCCUGCUCUCAGUCCAUGUCACUGGCAAGAAGCCAAACUUUGAAGUGGGUUCUUCUAGUCAGCUAAAGCUUCUCAAGAAGAAGUCUUCAGUGAAGCCUGCUCUGGAUCCUGCUGCUGUCAAGCUCUGGACCAUCUCAGCCAAUGACAUGGAGGAUGACAGCAUGGAUCUCAUUGACUCAGAUGAGCUGCUAGACCCAGAAGAUUUGAAGAAGCCUGAUCCCGCCUCCCUGAAGGCUCCUUCAUGUGGGGAAGGGAAAAAGAGGAAGGCCUGUAAGAACUGCACCUGUGGCCUCGCAGAGGAACUGGAGAGGGAGCAGUCCAAGGCGCAGAGCUCUCAGCCCAAGUCAGCCUGUGGAAAUUGCUACCUGGGUGACGCUUUCCGCUGUGCCAACUGCCCUUACCUUGGGAUGCCAGCCUUCAAGCCUGGAGAGCAGGUGCUCCUGAGCAAAAGCAAUCUCCAGGAUGCCUAGGAGGAACCUUAGCCCCCACACACACCUCCUCCUCCAGCCGGCUCCUGGCCCUCAGCUCCAGCCACGGGCUCCUCCCAUCUCUGGAUUCAAUCACUUUGAAAACACAGGGAGAGGCUGUGGCAGAGUGAGGCUGCUGUGGGCAGUGGGGUGUGGCGCUGCUAUGUGUUGAAAGACCACGGUAUGAGGGGACCUGCCUCUUAGUGUUAGGAGAGGAUGUGCCCUAAGGACCUCUGCUCCUGGUGUUACAGUGCUCACCCUCGCCACCCUUGAGUCUACACAUCCUUGAAUAUUUAUGCUGAAGAAGCUCCAGGCUCCACUCAGUGAUGCUGCCACCUACUGAACUUCCUCAGGAUGUAUUUCUUGGAGCCUUAGGUCAGCUGUCAAAGGGCCUCAAGGGUACCAAAGGAGUCAUUCCUCCAGCUGUGAUCCAUCUUGUGUCCCUCUGGCUUUCUCACCUCACCCUGUUUUACUGUAGUGUUGUAUCUGUGUCCUUCUGUCGUUUCUGUUAAAUAGGCAUUAAACUUUGGUGUUUCUGUGUUUCCCUUUUACUGUGA